AUGAACGGGGAAUUUUUACUCUGCCAGAACGAUGGAAAAAGGUCAUCGACAAGAACGGCCAAUAUCAAAUUGAAUAAAUUUAUACUUUUAAACAAAAAUUCCGAAUUUGCCUUCUUAUUUGAAAUUGGCAAUGACUUAGUUGCCAACCUACUAUUUUCAUGUUUUAGAAAUCUACCUCGUGCUAAACAACCUUUCUAUGAUGUCUAUGUAUUUGUUGUUGGUGGUGGAACCUAUACUGAAUACCACAAUCUCCUGCAGUGGUCUCGAGCCGGGGCAAGCUCCAUAGGAGGCAGUGGAAGUGGAAUUGGUGGAAGCGUUACACAAGGCAGUUCCUCUUCUCUUAAUGCCCUCGGUCUCUCCUUCCCUAGUUCAGGUUCUGGCUCUGACCUCACCUCCUCUGGGUCAUCUGGUAUCCCUGGUGUGGGUUCCACGAGACGAAUCACCUAUGGUGGCACCGAGAUUCUUACUCCGAAAAUCUUCCUCGAGCAGCUUACCCAACUUGGCAAAGAGACUUAG